AUGCAGUCCGUUUGCGCUCUCUUGCUGUCGUUCGCGGCUCUCGCGGCUGCGGCUCCGGCGGAACACCUGCCGCGCGCUGUUUCUCAAGAUAACAGCAAACAGUUCCAGAUUUACGCUUAUGGCUCCGGAAUCGGCGGUCUUUCCAUGUUCUCUGCAGGAGGUAGCGACGCUUACUUCGGCGACCAUACCAAGUUCAACGACUCUAAUGCAGCCCCUGUAAUCUUCACCCCCACUAACAACAACGUCUGGCUCGGUGCCCCCAAUACCACGGCCCUCAACUCCACCACCCCCCCUGACUGGUCCAACCUUACCUUCUCUGUUCCUGCCGAUGGUGCCUCCAGCCAUGACGUCGGAUUCGUCAACUCUACUUCGACCUCUUCCGAUCGUAGGACCAGCGGCUUCGUAUUCUACGGUACUUUCAUCCUUGUUCAAAGUAGCUCCGGCGGCAUGGAGUCUAUGUGGUAUGCUACGCCCAGCUCCAUUGACGGCAUCUACACUCUCAAGUGGAACGAGACCGGCGACUCCACCGAAGAUAAGAUCGUCCUUACUCUCAAGAAAACGCCGCCUUCCAACGCCAGCAAGACCAAAGCUCGCGAUGCCUAG